ACAACUAGUCUUUACAAUUUCCAAGAUGGAGCCGAUUUUCAGGAAGAAAAACAGAGAACUGAUGUUAAUGGAAAUUGAACAAGACAAACGGCUCGUGGAAGCAUCGCGAUCUGGAGAGUUAGACCAAGUGAAAACUCUUUUAAAAACAGGUGCCUCUCCCGAUGCCACAGAAUACAACAAGAGCUUAUUCUACGACUCAAAGAACUAUUUGACCCCUUUAAUGAUAGCAGCCUCCCAGGGAUACACAGAUGUUGUCAGAUGCCUGAUAGAGAGUGGAGCCAGUGUUAACGCGAGUGACCGCUUUGACGUGAGUGCCCUUCAUAUGGCUGCAGACGAGGGACAUGUUGACUGUGUGGCCAUGCUGCUGGAAAAUGAUGCGAUGUGCAAUAAUGGAACUAAAUACUCAAAGCAUGGAUCAUACACAGCCUUCCCUCAUCCUGGAGGCACUACCCCUCUACACCUGGCUGCAAGUGCCAACAACAUUGAAUGUGUGACUAUGCUAAUUUGGCACGGGGCAGACUAUAACGCAGUAGAUGAGUAUGGGAGAACCAGUUUAUAUAUUGCGGCCCAGAAAUCACUAGAGGAAUGUGUCCAUGCUCACUUGGACAAUGCUAUCUGGAAGGACAUCCUGUCACUGCCUGCCAAAGAUACAGGUGACACACCCCUUCACGAGUGUGUGAAGAAUGGAAUGCUGUCCUGUAUCCAGGCCCUUCUACGAAAAGGCUCUGAUGUCAACCACAAAAACUUGCAGGGGUUUAGUCCGCUACACAUUGCAGUCAGAGCUGGAGAGAAGUUCUCCAUGGAGAUAUUGCGGGAGCUUGUUACUAGAGGCUACAGCACCGACGUCAAUAUACCAGAGUCACUAGGAUUCUCUCCCCUUCACUACGUCUGUUUCCAUGAAAACAACAUGCAAGAGCGUAGGCCGGAGGCAGCUGCCCUUUUGAUUUCUUACGGUGCUAGCUUUAAUAUUCGCAACAGAAAUAAUGACAGUCUUCUGCAGUAUGAACUUCGAAGUAAAAACCGCGACUUGACAAUCCUGUUUGCCAUUGCGAAGAGCGUGGCCUACCUUCCUACCAUUGAAUCGCUGUCCAUCUUCCCCCCACAUUCCCAGCUCAUCUCCACUGAUUAUAGUGCUAACAGACACAUGGUGAAGUUGAUAAAGAAUGACGUUCAGUAUUAUAAGAUCAUGUGGUACAAAGAGCUGACGAGGGACCCCCGCUCUUUGCAGCAUUACUGUCGCUGUGUGGUCAGGAAAGCUAUGGGGGUCAGACGUCUGGGUCAGAUUGACACCCUGCCCCUCCCGUCCACUCUGAAAGAUUAUCUCCAUCUGAGGAUGGAGGAGUUUUCUGUGUCCAUUCCAGAAAUGCCGGACACGUGACCCCCCAUCCCACAGUUCCCGUUGUCUCAUGUAGUACCUAAAACAUACACUCAGUGUGACACUGUUCUUUCAACUAAAGGUUGUUUCAGUUUUAGAACUAGUUUCGACAGUUUUUGUUUAGGUGUAUCUUUUGAAUGGUAAGCUGUCAAUAUUGUACUUCCUAGAAAUUUGAUAAGCAGUCAGACCUUCUGCCAUAUAAUUCAUGUUGGACAAAAAUUAUGUAAACAUUCUGGUGUAUAGGUAGGUUAAAAUGAUCCUAUUAUGUCGAGAAUCUUAUAUUGCAAAUUAUCAAAAUUCUGGAAUGAAUCUUCACCUUGUUGGUGUAUUCUACAUGUUUUCGUGAGGCAUCUAGAUUUUAUAGAUUUAUUACCUAAAUUGAUUUGUUCAUUGUUGUUGAGUUUCAACAAGAAUCCAACUACAUGUAUAACUUACUGGCAGAGAAUCUAGCCCAGUGAGGAGACUUCGACAUGUCAGUCUGGUAUAUAUGUACAACUAAACUCAAGUGUGGGGGGCCAAGUCUGCCUAAUCAUUCUGCUGGUCCAACACUAUUACAGAGGAAUAUACAAUCGUGUUACCAUUGCAGACAGUGGGUGGGAUCCAUUCUUUGGGAUCCAUUCUAUGGGAUUCAAUCUACUGGCCUUAGAUGAUUUGUUUGGGGUUUUCUUUAUAUGUGUGAUGAGUUUUGCAGACUUAUAUAUAAUUCUACUUGUACUACAGAUGUAUAGUGUACAUAGCACUGUGCAGCAUGAUCUUGCCACCAUUAUGGGUAUGAACCAAGUCCAGCAAUGGAUCCUUGGCAUGCGAUACAGAAAUAUGAGUAAUUACAAGCAUAAAGCUAGCAUUAACUCCAGCAUAACAGUGCCACUAAAUUGAAAAAGCAUAAAAGAUGGCCGAUGAACAGUGUCUUAACAUAGUUGUGGAGCUAUGUAGUUGAUCAGCUUUGGCAUUUUAAUUAAGUCAAUGCAAGAAACUACAUUUAUAACAAAGAUGUAAGGAGUAUGUUGUUGUGUGUUCUAGAAGUUUAUGAUCAUGUUGUAAUUAAGUGAUGUAAUUUAUCACUGUUAGAAAGUUGUUAAAGAUGCAGGAAGCAGUGAUGUUGAAAUCAUAUAGUCAUAUUGAUAAUAAAUUUCAGCAUGUUGAAAUUCUA